AUGGCAUCAGACUGGCCAGAAUUGCAGUCGUCACUGCAAGUGGCGUCAAAGAGUUGGGCCUCAUUCAACUGGGACUCGAAGACUAAACAAUGGGAAGCAAUCACCGUUCAAAGUAAAGAAGCCCGAGAACAGUCCCUUUCCGCUCGCAAGCAGCUCGCUGAAACAACGAAACAGUUCAAGAAAUCAGUGAAGAAUGUCGAACAAGUGGGAUCAACGCUGGGGGUGGCAAAUACAGCUGAGAAUGCAGCUACCACCGUGAAAGCUAUCGAAGUGCUUGCUAAGAACUGCCGCCAGACAGUAAAGGCAUAUCAAGAGGAAGUCGAUAAUCUGACCCGUAGAUGCAAAUCAGCAGAAUCUUCCUUUUCCUCGCUGACACAAUCGUUGGGAGAAAAUCCAGAUCCCUACAAGGUGCUCACAUCAGUGUUGAAUUUGGUCAAUAACCAACAAAUGCAGCUCUCAAAGAUGUCUCACACCAUCGAGGAUUUGAAAACAGAAAAAGUAGCUUUAGAGAGAGGGUCGUCGAAAAACGAUACUUCUAACCAGGAAUCCUCUUCUACGACAAAAGCGGAAAAAGAAGAACUAAUUCAGCUCAGGCGCGAAGUUGCUGAGUAUGAAGUUGAAUUCCGUUCUCUUAAGAAUCAAGACAUCACCAUCCGUAAGCUUGAGGCCCGAAUUCUCGAGCUUCAAACAGGUGGCGAAGAAGAAUUCCAAUUGAAGCUCGAGACGGCCCGCGAAGAAUUGGCAGAGACAGAGGGGCGACGAACUGCGGAAGCUUUGGAGAGAGAAGCGGCGAUGGAAAGAAAGGUUCAAACUCUAGAGCUGCAACUCAAGGCAGAAAUGGCGGGUCGCGCCGCAACCCAGGCGCAUAUGUUGGAAGAAAGCGAGGGUGUCGGAGAACGGGAAGCAGCUUGGGAAGCGCAGCGUCGAAUUCUUGUCGAUGAUGCUGAACGGUUGCGACUAAAUCUACAUGAAGCAACCAGAGAGAGAGACGAUUUGCGGUUAAAAGUUGGAGCUUUGGAGGGUGGAAAGAGCAUCCAAAGUGUUCCCUCCUCGGGUGGAAUUCAAAUGGCGGAUCUUCUGAGUGAGAGAGAAGCAUACGAAGCUGAAGUCAGCGAGCUCUCACACACUGUGAAUCUGCUGCGAGAAGAGAUUGCAGUAAAAGACGAAACGUUUUCCGACGAACGACGCUCUCUUCAAAGCAAGAUUAGUUUAAUAGAAUCUGAAGUCCAAUCGACGAAAACAACUUUGUCUUCUCUUCAAGCUCAGCUUGCAGAGGCCCCUUCGCAAACUCUAAUUGACAGCAUGAAGAGGGAAUUAAGAAUCCUAAAACACUUGGAGUACAAUGCUGAUGACCCCGACCUUGUGAACAGAGAUCCAGAAAUGACGGGUACUGGCGAGACUCAUGAAAAAGACCUUGAAUCAGUGUUGGUUGCCAAAUUGCGCCGCGUCGAAUCUGAACUCGUCAAAGAGAGAAAUCAAAAGGCAGAUAUUUCAAAAGAUUAUGAACAAUUGCGUGGAGAAAUCCAAGCUUUAGAGCAUGCAAAAGGUGAUGCUGAGAAGGUCAUCGCCUCUCUAGAGGCUGACCUUGAUAAAGCGAUCUCAAAUUCGUCAGUAGCGCAAUCGACACCAACCGCUCGAAGAAAGAGUCUUCCUGAUGUGGAAAGCAACAACACAACUACUUUGCAGAGCGUCCUUGAUCCAAAUGCACCGAGUACAGGAGUCCAAAAAGAAACGAAAUUAGAAGCUAGUGCUGCAGAAAAGGCAGCUGAUGAUCACUCUGUUGCAACUAUCAUCAUGGCUCAACGCGACCGACUUCGAGCACGCUGUGAUGCUCUAGAAGCUGAGCGCGAUAGCUUCAAGCGAGAGCUGCAAGCCCAAGUGGACUCUGCCGAAUCGUUGAAAACGGAUAAUACAAAGCUCUACGAAAAAAUGCGUUACCUUCAAAGUUACAAAGGAAACUCUGGGUCCAUAGGUGCCUAUGCUCGAACUACAUCUCGUGAUCUAGAUUUGGAGGCGUUGGAACAGCGGUACGAAGCAUCCGUGGACCCUUUCCGGCAAUUUAGUCGCGCCGAAAGGCAACGGAAGCUAAAUGAGAUGUCGCCAAUGGAACGUACAGUUUUUGUUGUCGCCAAAACAAUGUUGGGAUCAAAGGAAAUGCGAACGUUUCUCUUCUUCUAUGUCUUUGCUAUGCACUUUUUGGUUUUCCUUACGACGUACCACUGGUCGCAUAGCGAAGGAGGCACCGGGUGCUCGAUUCAAGAUAUUGAACACCUUGCACACCUACCCCCGAUGACGCUGAAAACCCCAGAUGAGGUGAUUAAAGACAUGAGCGGAAAGUAG